AUGACCGAAGCCUCGAACUUUGUUGUUCGUGCUCGCCUCGUUUCUGCCGACGGCCAGGAAGACAGGAGCUUUGUUGUUCCACCCUCACGACUCAAAGAGGCUGUUCCAGUACCGUUCGGACCACUCCGAACAUUCCGACCACCUUCAUCAGUGCCGGACAAUCCCAACCCGGCGAUCGCCUUGGCCAACUCGACUCACAUCCAGCACACAGAUGGCGUCAAUCGAGCCGACACCAUUGCGCCAUACAACGGCGUCAAGCAAGGCGAUCCUAGUGCUGCCUCAGCUGCCCACAAGGUCUGA